AGCUUUUCUCUCACUCACUCCAAUAAAAUGGCAAAAACUUACGACUACUUGUUUAAGCUCUUGCUUAUUGGAGACAGUGGAGUCGGCAAGACGUGCGUACUGUUCCGGUUCUCAGAUGAUUCGUUCAAUAACUCGUUCAUUUCAACAAUUGGAAUCGACUUCAAAAUCCGUACGAUUGAGCUCGAUGGGAAGAAAAUCAAACUUCAAAUUUGGGACACAGCCGGGCAGGAGAGAUUCAGAACUAUCACAACGGCUUAUUACCGCGGUGCUAUGGGAAUCAUUCUGGUGUACGAUAUCACCAACGAGCGAUCAUUUGAAAACAUCAAAAACUGGAUUCGCAAUAUAGAAGAGCAUGCGGCUUCGGAUGUCGAGAGGAUGAUCAUCGGCAACAAAUGUGAUAUUGAAGAACGCCGUGAAGUGUCGCGGGACCGUGGAGAGCAGCUCGCAAUCGAGUACGGCACGAAAUUCCUGGAAACGUCGGCGAAGGCCAAUCUGAAUAUUGAUGAAGCUUUCUUCACACUGGCUCGUGAUAUCAAGAGCAAGAUGGAGCAGAACGAGAUGCGUGCCGGUGGAUCAGUUUCGAAUACGGGUCGUGUGAACGUCGGUGGAUCGGGGACACAGAAGAAGAGCUUCUUCAGCAACUGGAGCUGCAAUUUGCUUUAAAUUUAUUGCUCUCUCGCCAUGUUCUGCCCUUUUCGAAGUUGAUUGUGAUUCAAUUCAAUUCAACUUCAAUAGUGUACCAUAUCUCUUUUCAUAUUUUCUUUCCGUUUGAAUUUUCUGUUCCAAAAACUCCUCCUUCGCACAUUUUUGUAUGCAGUACGGUUAUAAUUCUAAAAAUAACCUUUUUUCUUCUCUCUUCUCUUCUGACCAUAAUAACCAACACUUGCUUUGUUUUUACCAUUUUCGUCCCGUCUAUUUCUCUGUGUCCGCUCUCUCUCGCAUAUUCAAUUCACCCCCCUACACCCAGCAUUCUGAUGAGAUUUCUUUUCAGGAUUUCAGAUUUAUUUUUUUCGCGAAUGUAUGAACCAAAUUGCAUGUUUUCCC